AUGAGCGAGCCAGUCGAGGUAGACGCUGUGCUGGCUGCGCUGCAGGUGCUGUAUCAUGACCCUGAUACACGUGCCAAGCAGCAUGCGAACGAGGCUCUACAGCGCUUCCAGAAGACGCCGCAGGCAUGGACCACGGCCAACACGCUGCUGCUCGAGCGGGACCUGCCCCUCGAGUCGCGUCUGUUCGCCGCUCAGACCUUCCGCUCUAAGGUCACAUUUGACCUGGAGCAGCUACCGCCUGAGACACUCGUCCAGCUCCGCGAUACCCUGCUGCAUGCCCUUGACCUCUACACGUCAGGGCCGCGCGUCGUGCAGACGCAACUGUGUCUCGCGCUCGCAGCGCUAGCCCUGCAGAUGCCCGAGGCACGCUGGGGUGCGGUAAUCCCCGGCAUGGUCGAGCGCUUCGGCGGCACACCUGCCACCGUCGGCACACUGCUUGAGUUCCUCACUGUGCUGCCGGAAGAGGUCACCAACAACCACCGCAUCCCACUCGACAAUGCCACGUACCACGAGCGCGUACCGCAGCUGCUCACGCAGCACACUCCCACCGUGCUCCAGGUGCUGGUCAUGUACAUGCAGGCGGACGGCGUGACGCCGGCGAUUCAGGCGACUGUCUUUGCGUGUCUGCGCAGCUGGCUCAAGGCUGGCGAAGUCGCUGCAACGCAGCUGGCCGACACGCCGCUUCUCGCAUGUGCAUUUGAUGCGCUCGCUUCCGAGGAGCUUUUCGAUGUCGCAGUGGACGUGGUGUGCGACUUGGUCAACGAGACCCAGGAGAUCGACGACAACCAGUCUGUCAUUGAGUACAUCCUGCCAAGAAUUCAGUCCCUGCGUGGCGCCAUUGCUGAUGCUGGCGAUGACGAGGACCGCGUGCGUGGCUUGUGUCGCGUCGUUGUGCAGGCGGGUGAAACGUACCAUACCCUUUGCUUGCAGCACCCCGACGCCAUGAUGCCGGUCGUGCAUGCUAUUCUCGACUGUGCCUCGUACCACGACUUGGACAUUGUGCAGAUCACGUUCCGUUUCUGGUAUCUACUCGCUACCGAUGUACACCGUGCCGCCGAGCACGGGGCGGACUCUACGGCGCCGUUCGAGCGCAUCUACGAACAGCUGUUCGCUGUUAUCCUGCGUCAUCUGCGCUUCCCCGACGAUGAAGAGCUUACUGGGCAGGACCGCGAUGAUUUCCGCAGCUUCCGGCACUAUAUGGGUGAUACCCUCAAGGACUGCUGCUACGUGCUCGGAGCAGAACGCUGCAUCGAACGCUCACUGCAGCUCAUCGAGUCCGCCCUUGCGCACGAGUCGCCCGAGCUGCGCUGGCAGGACAUGGAGGCGCCCCUCUUCUCAAUGCGCUCGAUGGGAGGUCAGGUAUCGCUGCGCGACAGCACCGUCAUCCCGCGCGUGUUUGCCGCGCUUUCGCACCUGCCGCCGCACCCCCGCCUGCGGUAUGCUGCCCUACUUGUCGUCUCGCGCUACACAGAGUGGGUCGCCGAGCACGCCGAGCUUGUGCCAGAUGUGUGGGCGUUCAUUGCGGCUGGCUUCCAGGGCGCAGACCGCGAUAUUUCGGCAGCAGCGGCCCAAGCGCUCAAUUUCUUGUGUCAGGACUGCCGCGAGUCGCUCCUGCCGCUUUUCCCGCAGCUCCUUGACUUUUACGGGUCGGUCAAGAAGGAGCUUGCCGUCGACGACCUCCUCGCUGUCGUCGAAGCGCUUACCCACGUCGUCACCGCGAUGCCACCUGCGGAGGCCGCGCAGUCACUACUCUUUAUGGCGCAGCCGCUGCUGGAAGAGGUGCAUGAGGUGGCAGCGAUGCCAGCAGCCCCUAAGCCCGCCCUUAUGCGCGCCGCCGACCGUAUGGAGCAGCUGACGCGUAUGCUUCAAGUCAUUGGCGUCACACUCGCCAGCACACUCCCUGAGGCCUGCGAACAGACGUGCGCCGAGGCGUACGCCAUCCUCGAUCGCCUACUUGAGUGCCAUGGGCAUGUGUAUUUUAUCUCGGAGCGUGUAUCAGCGCUUGUGCGUCGCGCGCUCAUCUUCUUUGGCGAUCGGGCGCGUGUGGUCCUGCCGCGCAUCCUCGAGCGCUUUGCCACGUGUUAUGAAGCGACGGGCUUCUCGGGCUACGUGUGGAUCAUCGGCAAAUCGAUCGACCAGUAUGGGCGCGGCGCGGCAGAGCCGCUGCUUGCGCAGAUGGCGCAUGCGUUCGCGCGCAUCACUACCAAGACACACGCUCUGCUGAGCGAGGCGCCGAGCCCCGAUGCCCUUUCGGACGUACUCGACGACUACUUGCACACCUGUCUCGUCACGCUGGGUGCCGCCCCCACUCUGCUCUACCUAUCACCGGUGUUUGCGCAAGCAUACACGAUGGCCCUUCGUGCUCUUGCGGCACUCUCACCUGGCGUCGUCGGUAUCGCGGCCGACCUCGUUCGCACGAUCAUCGAAUGUGCGCAUGAAGUGCCGCCGCCAGAGCGCGUGCUAGUCGAUGCAGCACGAAACGUCGUGGGCGAGCAUGGCGCAGCGACCUGUGUGGCUCUGCUCACCGGCCUCGUCACGCACUUUCCGCCGGAGAUCAUGCCCAUUGUCGUCUCGUCUAUGUGCACGCUGGGCGCCGACUUUCCCACGGCCGUCCUGCCAUGGGUCUCGAACGCACUCGAGCACCUGCCGAUCGAUGCUGUACCGGCCUCGGACCGCGCCUUCUUCCUCGAAAGUGUGCAAUCGGCACCGGCCGAGCGUAUGAAGUCGGCACUCGUGCUGUUGUACAGCGCGUCGCGCAAGUCGCGCGAACGAGCCCACCUCGAUGAAGAUCGUCGCUAG